UAGUGUCAGCAUCCUGCUUAUAGUACCUGUAGUUUGAUUUACUCAGUUUAGUGCAACAGACAAAAUGGAGAAAAUCAUUCUCUUCUAUGUGUUUUCUUCUUGGAUUAUGCACAUCACUUACAGUGAUGUGUCAGUGCCUCAGCAAUCUUUUCUGUUAAGAGCUCAACUGGGAAAAAGCAUCAGCCUAAACUGCACCAUGUUGAACAGAUAUGAAAUUGCCUGGCAUCAUCUGAAUUGUGAACAGCUGACUCUGCUGGUGACUGCAGAGAAAGACAGUAAAACUGGGGAAAAACUUUUAAUUACCUACAAUCAAAAUAAAAACCACCUGGAAUUAAAAGCAAACAGCGGGAUCACAGUGGUCAGUCUGGUUAUUUCUGAAGUAACACAGUCUGAUUUAGGACUCUAUUUCUGUGGAACAAAAUCUGACACUCCAAAGAUGCACUUCGACAGAGCCAUCCGACUGCAAACUGAGGAAAACCUGAGACUCAGGAAAGAAAACUGUAAUUCUCAACUGGGAACGGAGCAGGUUGAAAUCACAGAUGAUGAUUUGACGGUGAAAGAGCGAGUCUUGAUGUUUGGAGGUGUUGGAUUGGCUAUUGUGAUAUUUUUCCUGGCGACAGUCGCUGCAGGUGGAGUAAUUCAUCAUCGCGGCUGGCAGAAAGGCUGGACCGCAGGGAAAGGUGCUAUCGCUCUCAGCUCAGAUUAAACCACGACCAGCUACUCUAUACAUUUAUGUGCUUUAUUUUACUAUUCAAUCAAGCUUAUUAUGUCAAGUAAAAUGUGUUCAGCACUGCAGUAGGUAAACAGCCUUUUAACAUUAUAAAGAGUGUCGAGAUUUUGUGGCUCAGAUGUUUAUUUCUGGUUAAUUCUCACUUACAGAUUCAUCCAACUGUUGUCUUUAUCACUGCCAGUACAGAUCAGAUUGUCAAUCACUGUGGCCGUGGUUUAUGAUUCAAAAAGAUCAACAAUAUUUACAUUUAUUCAUUUAGCAGAUGCUUUUAUCCGAAGUGACUUACAAAUGAGAGAGCAUUUACAAUUAUUUUGUCGAUGAGCCAUAAACAAUAAUGAAAGAUUAACCAGGCCAUGUUUACAAGGAUAAAGGCUGAGGAAAAGGAAGAAUGAACAACAAGAAAGAAACAGACACAAGUUUUUUUAAACAGCAAGAAAGUAGACAGUUCAGGGUUAGUCAGGAAGACUUGGACAGGUUUUUUGAAGGUUGUGAUGGAUUCUGAAGUUUGAAUGGAGGAACAGAGUGGAUGAAAGUCGUUGCUCACAUGCUUCUGUACUUGGUCUUACAUGUUUACAAAUGCAAUAUUACCAUAUAAAUGUAAAUAAUUUUACAUAGGCCUAUACUGUAUAUCUUAAUUUUGUCUGCUAUCCAGCAUCAGCAUGUGUGUCACCUUUUGUUUAUCAUAUAAACCUUGAUUAAAUAAAAAUAAUGU